UUGAUUUUUCAAACUGCCACCCAAUUGCCUGAUUUAACAAGUUGCAGAAGACUUUGCAGUUGGACUUGGGAGUCAAUAGACUUAUCUUUGGGUCAUUAUAAAUUAGAGAAAAGAAGUUUUGUGGUUGUUGGACUGCUUGUUUUUCUCGCCUGUUGUUGAGGUUGUUGAUCUCAUUUUUGUGGUGGUUUUCUCUUCUCUCCCCCACCCCCCGCCCCCCUCCUCCUCUCAUUCUUCUUCCCCUAUGAAGUUCAUUAAAGAACCAAAGCUUGAAGCCUCCGUUUCCUUCAAACAUUUAGCACUUGACCAAGGGAAUGUAAAUUCAGUUGUCUCAAAUGAUAAAGCGAAUGGAAUCGUUAUAGCAGUAAAGCCCACCAUAAUGCUUCCUAAACCAGAGAUAAUGUUUUCUCCAAGGCCCCAAAGUGAGCUCGAUGCUGCUUCAACUAAGCUACAAAAAGUCUACAGAGGUCAUAGGACAAGGAGGAACCUUGCAGAUUGUGCCGUUGUGGUUGAGGAGCUCUGGUGGAAGACCUUAGAUUCUGCAGCAUUGAGAAGGUGUUCUGUUUCAUUCUAUGACAUUGAGAAACAUGAAACUGUCGUAUCAAAAUGGGCACGGGCUAAAACAAGGGCUGCCAAGGUUGGGAAGGGUUUGUCUAAGGACGAGAAGGCUCAAAAACUAGCCCUCCAACAUUGGCUUGAAGCAAUUGAUCCACGACACCGUUACGGACACAAUUUACACUUCUAUUUCGACGUGUGGUCAGCAAGCAAGAGCACUCAACCUUUCUUCUACUGGUUGGAUAUUGGCGAUGGCAAAGAACUGAAUCUCAACAGGUGUCGAAGAACAUAUCUACAAGGACAAUGCAUCAAAUAUCUUGGACCAAAUGAAAGGGAAACAUUUGAAGUCACUGUGGAAAGUGGAAAGCUUGUUUACAAGCAAUCUGGGACGCUUGUUAACACCAUUGAGGGUUCCAAGUGGAUUUUUGUGCUUAGCACAACAAGAUCCUUGUAUGUUGGGAAAAAGAAGAAGGGGGCUUUUCAGCACUCGAGUUUCCUUUCAGGAGGGGCUACAACAGCUGCUGGAAGAUUGGUGGUUUAUCAUGGAGUUCUUGAGUCUAUUUGGCCUUACAGCGGUCAUUAUCUCCCAACCGAAGACAGUUUCAAAGAAUUCAUUAUUUUUCUUGAAGAACACAAGGUGGAUCUGACCAAUGUUAAGAGAUAUGCUGUAGAUGAGGACCACACCUCAAAUAAAGCUGCUGGUGUUGAGUCCGAGCAUGGAGUGAUCAAAGAUCCAGAGGCAACAGCAAAAUCAACAGAUUCAAAGGAUGUGGAGGUUGAUGAUGAGCCUGCAAAUUAUGCAUGCAACAGAGCUGAAAGUCUAGAAACCAGCAUGGACACCAGUGCUGCCAAUUUGGGAGCACAAACAUUUCACAUGGCCAAGCGUUUGUCUUGCAAGUGGACAAGUGGGAUUGGUCCUCGAAUUGGGUGUGUCCGAGAGUACCCGAAAGAACUGCAAUCCCAGGCUCUGGAACAAGUUAACCUAUCUCCCAAGGUCACCCCUGGUCGCUUUGCAAACUCUGGUCCGAUACCUUCACCACGACCAAGCCCCAAAAUUCGAGUCUCGCCCAGGCUUGCUUACAUGGGACUCCCUAGCCCAAGGGCGUCUGUUAUGGCAUCAAAUGAUAAAGAAUAUCGCAAAUGACUAUAUUGAAAGUCGGAACACUUUUAAGGUUAUAAAUAUAUCUUUUGUUG